CCAUCUGGAAAGGUAAAGCAAUGUGGAAGUACCGCACUCUGUGGAUGGCUCUCGUGGCCAUCGUGGCGAUGUGCCAAUUCGCGUCGAUCACCCACGCGAAAGGUGUGCCCAGUGACGGAACGCUCUUCCCACUAACGCUGAUCCACAUCAACGAUUUGCAUGCCCGUUUUGAAGAGACAAGCCAGAAGUCGACCGCUUGCAGUAAGUCGAACGAGUGCAUUGCUGGAAUCGCGCGGGUCUAUCACACGAUCAAGCAGCUUAAGCGAGAGUACCAGUCGAAGAAUCCACUGUAUCUCAACGCCGGUGACAACUUCCAGGGUACGCUGUGGUACAAUCUGCUCCGAUGGAAUGUGACUGCGCACUUCAUCAAACAGCUGCCACCGGAUGCGAUGACACUCGGUAACCACGAGUUCGAUCACAGCCCUAAAGGAUUGGCGCCGUACCUGAAGGAGUUGGAGAGAAACCACAUACCGACGGUGGUGGCGAAUCUGGCGUUGAACGGGGAACCAGCACUGAAGGAGUCAAAUAUCACCCGGAGCAUCGUGUUGGAUGUGGCUGGCAGGAAGGUGGGCGUGAUCGGUGCGCUGUACGACAAAACGCACGAAGUGGCUCAGACGGGACUGGUGACGUUGACCAACUCGAUCGAGGCGGUUCGCAAGGAGGCACAAGCACUGCAGAAGCAACACGUUGAUAUUGUCGUCGUCCUGUCACACUGCGGUCUGGAUGUUGAUAGACAGCUAGCUCAGCAAGCCGGUGACGUGAUCGACGUUAUCGUCGGGGCACAUUCGCACUCGCUGUUGCUCAACAAAUCGUCCGGGGUGGCGUACGACACCAAGUAUGACAUGAUCGAAGGUGACUACCCUACAGUGGUACAGAAGUCGAACAACCACAAGGUGUUGAUAACGCAAGCGCGAUCAUUCGGCAAGUAUGUCGGUAGGCUGACGGUGUAUUUUGAUCGAAACGGUGAGGUUCAGAGCUGGGAAGGUCAUCCGAUCUACAUGAACAACGCGGUUAAGCAGGACCCGGAUGUACUGCGAGAGCUGAUACCGUGGCGUAAAGAGGUGGAACGACUCGGAACGCAAACCAUCGGAACUAGCGAGGUGUUUCUGGACCGCGAAUCCUGCCGUUGGUGUGAAUGCACUCUCGGUAGUCUGGUUGCGGACGCAUUCGCAGCAAACUACACGACGAAUGGCGUUCGACCGGUGGCUAUCGUGCAAGCGGGUACAUUCCGAAACCCCAUCGACAAAGGAGCUAUCACAAACGGACUAGCGAUCGAGGCUAUACCAUACGGCUCAUCGGUGGACAUGUUGAAGCUGAGCGGUGAAGAUCUUUGGAAGGCGAUCGACCAUUCCUUCACGCUGGACGACGAGUUCCGGUUCAAUACGAUGCAGGUGUCAGGUCUGGCAGUGGAAGUGGACCUUACUCGGAAGCCCUACGAAAGAGUGCAGCGCAUCGACGUGAUCGAGACGAACGGAGCAAAAACACCACUGAAUCGCAAGAAGUCGUACUACGUCGUGACCCCGUCCUAUCUUGCCGAUGGGAAGGAUGGCUUUGCGAUGCUGAAGAACGGCAAGGAACGCGUUAAAGGGCCGCUGGAUUCGGACGUGCUGAUUGACUACGUCCGACGGAAGUCGAAGAUCACGAAGGAUAUGUUCCAGGAGCACCGUGUGGUUGUAGCGAAACACACCAACGGGACCUGCUCGUGGGAUUUGGAGAACGAACGUUUCAAACCGAAGUAGUGAUGCGUCGUUGAGGUUUCAGGAAAUUAUUCGGUAGUUUAAAAUCACCAGUCGUUGUUGGGUUUCAAAAUCAGUCAAAAUUUCUCGAUAAUC